AUGGCCAUCGAACCUUGCGUGGAUGUCAUCCUCGGCGCCCAAUGGGGCGACGAGGGCAAAGGGAAACUGUGCGAUAUCCUGUCGGCAAAGGUGGAUAUCUGCGCGAGGAGUGCCGGCGGGAACAACGCGGGCCACACUAUCGUCGUCGAUCUUCCUCCUGGCGAAGGCAUUGACGGGAAAGGCGGCAAAACCAAAUACGACUUCCAUCUACUACCUAGUGGUCUGGUAAAUAAGGAUUGCAUAGGUCUUAUUGGCUCCGGAACCGUCAUCCAUGUGCCUAGCUUUUUUGAUGAACUGGCUUCACUGGAAUCUAAAGGACUGAAAUGCUCUGAUAGAGUGUUGAUUUCUGACCGGGCGCAUCUGGUGUUCGAUUUCCAUCAAAUCGUCGAUGGCCUGAAAGAGAUCGAGCUCGGGGGCUCGUCGAUCGGGACGACGAAGAAGGGGAUCGGACCGGCGUACUCGACGAAGGCGUCGCGCUCAGGUCUCCGAGUGCACCAUCUGAUGGGCGACUUCGCUAACUUUGAACAGAAGCUGCGCUCGCUUGUCGAUGGCCGCCGCAAGCGGUACGGCGAGUUCGCGUACGACGUCGAGGCGGAGCUGGCGCGGUACCGCGGGUAUGCCGAGCGGCUCAAGCCGUUCGUCGUCGACGGGGUGGUCUAUCUGCACAACGCACUGACCUCCAAGGAUGCGCCGAAGCGGGUGCUCGUCGAGGGCGCCAAUGCGCUGAUGCUCGACCUCGACUUCGGCACCUACCCCUACGUAACCUCUUCCUCGGCCUCCAUCGGCGGCGUGCUCACCGGGCUCGGCCUGCCCCCACGCGCAAUCUCGCAGAUCUACGGGGUCGUCAAGGCUUACACCACCCGGGUCGGCAGCGGACCCUUCCCGACCGAACUCACCGGCAAGUGGGGCGAACAUCUCCAGGAGGCCGGCGCCGAGUGGGGCACCACUACCGGCAGGAGACGCCGGUGCGGAUGGCUCGACCUCAUGGUCCUCCAGCACUCCCAACGGAUAAACGGGUAUACCUGCUGGAACUUGACCAAGCUGGACGUGCUCGACGAGUUUGAAGAGAUCCAGGUGGGGGUAGGCUAUCAACUGGACGGAAAACCCAUGGAUUCUUUCCCAGCCGAUCUGGAUAUCUUGGAGAAAGCAACCGUCAAGUAUAUCACCUUGCCUGGCUGGAAACAAUCGAUCAAGGAGAUCAGAAGAUACGAAGACUUGCCCAAGAACUGUAUCGAUUACAUCUCCGUCAUCGAGAAAUUGACGCAGAUCAAUGUUAGGUGGAUCGGCGUCGGAUCGAGUAGAGAUGCCAUGAUCUUCAAACCUUGA